AUGAAGCUGUCCGAUUUUCACUUUAUAUCACAGUUGAAAUCAAAUUUUUCCUAUCCAUCUACUGACACACCUAAUGUAUGUUCUCAGAAAAUAAUCUCUCAAGCCACUCGUUUUCGUGGUCGGCGAACUAAUUCUUCCUCCCACCUCAUCUCGACACCUGCAUCCAAUACCUACACAAGCUCACUGACUUCCUCUAUCGCUUCUUCGUCACCUGAAACUCGAUCUCUAAAUCAACCAGCCAGUGAGGCUUCAUUUCCCUCUCUUUCAUGUCUGGCUGAUUGUCUUUCCGACAAGGCAGCCUCUCAGAUCUCACUCGUUUCUCCGCUUGAAGACGAGUGCCAAUCAGGAACUAGCAAUAGAUGGGAUGCCACUGAUGACGUCGAGGCAGAUGACUCUGAGAAGACUAAUAUUGUGAGAAUAUCGACAGAACAACAGGAUAUGCCAGAUUGGUUAACUGCAUGUCGAAGUUAUGUACCCCCUGUCUGCCAGGGUUUGCAAACCGUAUUUGAGUGGCCUGAAGAUGGAAUUGAUGGGCUGAAAACUGCAGAAUCCGUAAGUCAGCAGAAAAACAGAAAUGGCAGAGGGGGGCGGGCGCGAGGCACAUGCGUCGAGGUCAGACAGUACACGCGAGUUCGACGACAAGCAACUGAGAAAACUGGGACUGAAAAUAAAGGCCAACCUACUUGUGAAGUUGUUUAUCCAAGUAAGGAAAUUGUUGGAUUAGUGAGUAGAACAAAACUUUCCAACCCACAUUAG